UCUGUGCCAGGUCGUCGCUGGUGUGCCUCUUUUGCCAGCACACGCCUCGACACGCGUCAAGCAAAGUUCAUUGAUCACACUCGGAACACCAAAACCGCUUGUCUGUCGGCUCUUCCGCCGACCAAGGACAUCAGGAUGAGUCUCUGCCCACGGAGACGACUUCGCAUCACUCCUAUGCGAAUCCUGGCGGCGUUCUGCGUGAUGGUCGUGCUCUUCUGGUAUAGCCUCAGUCGACAGGAGAUACCGUUACAACCGUGCAGCGUGCCCGAAGAAUUUACGGAGAAAUUGCACGACCUCGCUUACAGAGCCCAUUUGGUUCUCACUAAGCUGGGCAUCGUUCACUUUCUAUGCCUGGGCGGUCUCUGGGGUCAGGUUCGUAUUGGCCGUGCGCUCCCGUGGGCUCGUAAAGUGGAACUAUGUUUGGUGGACACGCUGCGCGACGACGUUCUGAUCACGAAGGCUUUCCGGGAGGACGGUCUGAGUGCCACUUAUCUGCACGCGGCGGGAAUUUACAGGAUACAGGAGCACGAGGUCGGUGAAGAUGCGCCAAAGGUCGAGGUGAUCGUUUUCGAGGAAGAUGCGGUGACUCAGAUGGUGAGGAGAGUCGGAUGGACCAGGAGAGUUCUGCCUCCGGAUUGCGAGUUCUCGCCGAGUUUGCAGUGCUUCCCGCCGCAGCUGGUGAUACCUCCCCUGCCGACGAAACAAUUCGGCGGCCGACUGAUGCCCGUUCCUCGCGAGGGUAUAGAAUUACAGAAGUACCACUAUCCCAACGACUGGUGGCUGGAAGUCAAGCCCACCGACUGUAUCGAGCCCCAAGAGACGAAUGCGUAGUGCGCGGUUUCGGUGCGGCAAGGAACACUGGUUAAUUCCGGUUAGAAAUCGAAUAUCUAGCUCGUUACGAAAAUGUCUGAAUUAACCCGGAUAGAAUUUGUUCACAUGGUCUUGGUUUUUACAAUGUCCGAUGAAUCCAGUAGUCUUGACACAUCUGAAGAAAACGAGUUGGCGAGUUGUGUUAUAGAUGCUUUAGAUACUUUUGAGAAAAGUAGGGCGAUAAAUAGUCAAGAUGCAUGUGAUAACAUAUAUAGUAUAAUAUAUAGACUGAAGUACUUUCUAAUUAUUUUAAACGUUUACUUUAGUCGAAUUUGUUUAUACAUACAUUUAAGUUGCGAUUUCAAUGAGCGGACAUAGUGACGCAAUUGCUGCUUUUAUAUUAGUAUUCAAGUGGCUAUCGUUUAUAAACAAAAGUAGUGGUUCUAGGUCGCGAUAGUCGCGACCGCUGAUCAUCUUAAUUGAAAAAAAAAAAAAAAAACGUAAGUGCGUAAAACAUAAGUGCGAUGUCGAGUAGAAUUAAGCUACCUUUUACAUACCGUUUUUGUUAGAGAGUUUUAAAUGUUGUUGUACAAUGCGGUACACAAUUGCUACUUUUCCAAGUAUUUUGAAAUACUUAGUUUCCCGGUCCCUUUUCAUAAGUUUCUUAUUUCUUAUUGAAUAAGAAGUUUUAUAUAAACGAUUUAU